AUGACAUCUGAAGAAGAUAACAGUAAGAUGCUCCGGGAGGCACAGAGGGUGUGGUCUAUGUUGGAUGAUAUGUCAGAGAACAACCCAGCAGCCUACAGGAAGUUUAUAGACAAACAUGUGAAAGAGGGGAAAGAAUUUUUAAAACCACCUCAGCCAUGCAUGUGUGUAAAGACAGGAAUCCUUAAGGAGGGUUAUAUUACUGAGAAGCUGUAUGUCAGUGUAUUUGGGUGGAACAGAGUCCCCAAACCAAAGAUAUAUGACACAGACCCUAUACCUGUUAUGGGGUCUAAGAUCAUGACUUCAAGAGAUGAAGAAGAUGCUUAUGUUACUGCAUUCCAUUUUCUUCCAGAGGAUAUUAAAGUUGUAUCCAUAGCCUUUAACCCACAGAUUGUGCAAGACUAUGGCCAUGAAGCUGAAAAUCCUGCUGAAAGAGAUGCUUUGAUUAACCUGGGACUUGACUAUGUACAGGACCAGCAGAAAGUGACCAUCUCAAGGAAUUACAAAUUACUCGACGAAAGCACUCUCUAUAAAGGCGACCUUGCCCAGCUUAGACAGGGCUUGACUCAGAGAUUUCAAAAAGAGGAUGAUGAGUAUAAUAAACAGAUGUCAGAUUUGCAAAAAAUGUUCGGACCUAUUGCAGAAUCAAAUGAGAGCUUAAUUGGACAGCUUUCCAAUCUUACUUCUGAUGAUUCCAAAGUGAAGACAUCUCCUCCUGUCCAAAAAGAAACAGAGAUCAGAGUACCUGGGCUUUCAAAACAACCAAGUAAAAACACAAAUAAAGCAAAUUUGAUCCAAGAGGUCUCCAGUUCAGGGGAAAAAGAUGGACGCACUCCUAAACAUGAGAUGUGUGUAAAAGACAGCACUGGUUCCAAGCCAAGGAGAGUAGAGGUCAAAGUUCACCUGCCAGAAGUGGGUUCCGUUCAAGAAUGUGAACUUGACAUAUCAGAGGAUGAUUUAUCCCUGACAGUAGCUGAAAAAUAUGAACUGAAAGUAACAUUCCCAGAGAAAAUCAGAGACACAUAUUCCAGUGCCAAGUUCAGUACCAAGUCUCACACAUUAACAGUGAAUUUACCUACUAUCAAACAGAGCUGAGGGCCUCGUGGCAGCAAGGCGCAAUGUUUUUUUUUUUUUUUUUCUUUUUUGCUGUCAGAUGGACUAACAAAUUAGUAGAAAUGUUGAAAUGGACAGAAGCAUCCUUCGUUUUGUUCUUACAGCAUCUUUCUAUUAAGUGACCUGUCAAGAAGAUAGUUUGCGCUGGGCUGAGCGACUUAUUGUUAUGCAAAUCACAACAGGCUUGGCCCAUUUUGA